AUGAGUGAUUAGACACAGUAAAUAAAAAUCAAAUUAUGCGAUAUGACAAGUGAGUUGUUGAAGGAUGUACAAUACAUAAUAUUGGAAAAUUUGAGGAAGCACAGUAAUGAAAAAGAUAUUGCAUAUUAUAUCAAGAGAGAGUAUAUUCAAUAAUCACUAUUUAGGUUAGAUAAAAGGCACUUAGGUCCUUGGCACUGUAUUGUGGGUAAAAACUUUGGUCUGUUUGUGACACAUGAGGAAGGAUAUUACCUCUAAGCGAUAAAGGGAUAAAUAACAGUUGUUGUCUGGAAAUGA